AUGUCAAUGCAAGAAGACGUGAGUAGAAUCGAAGACUUGAGUAGUCAGGAAUGCUGGACCCUUGGGAAGGAAGAAGAAUUGUUUGGUAUCAAGGUGAGAAAAGUUGCAAGUGGGAUAUGGAAAUCCAUGGAGAGUUCCCAGUACUCAUUUGGCUGGAUUGGGGAGAGAUAGCGUGAAGAAUGUGUCACCGCAGAAGGCACAUUUGUAUGGAGAUUACCAGAAAAGAGUGAGAGAUGUCAAUAUGACUAUCAAGGAACGUAUGAAGCUGAAUUGAUCGAUGAUCACAUUAUAAUCGAUAAGAUACAACUGGCCGUCGUACUGAAACCUAAGGAACCAACAAAAAUCAUUGAAUGUGGUUGGAUUAACCCAAAGUUUACUAGUGAGGGAGAUUUCAUGUUAGAUUCCCAAGGAUCAAAAUUUGAACACCAGAAACAAGAUUCUGAGAAAAGUGAGGAAAAGGUUUUAAUGAUCGAAGAGGACAACAAUCGGUUCAAGGUUGGCGACAAAAAUAAGAAACUUCAAUACGUUUAUGAUAAGUCGGGCUGCUGCCAAGAAUAUCAAGACAUAUUCGUCAACGUGUUCGCCAACGGACGCAAAACGUAUUUGUCCACAACCAACGAAGGUCCAACAGACCCUUUAUCCACCCUCGCCCUUAUCCCUACACCCUUAGUCCUCGUUCCGUCACAAACCGCUUUCUAUCGUGAGUGCACUCAUUGA